AUGAAAGGCCAGAACCUUCAGACCACCACCAGAACAUUGCAACAGCAAUGCUACCAACACACACCACAACACAAACUGCCCCCACAACACACAUCACACCCUCAAUACCUACCACAACAAAACCCAACCCCACAACAACAACACCCACAACAAACAUCACAUCAUCAACACCCACCAGAAAACAACCCAUCUCCACAACAACAACAACACCCACAGCAACACAGAGACCCAGUCCAAGACCUCAGAUAUGGCCAACAGAAACCCCCCACCAAUCAAAGACGCAAGCCACCUACACAACAACCACAACAAGACCAACAACAGAACACAAACCACAGGGACCCCAGACAGCCACAAAACCAAGCUACAAACAACACGCCCACACCGGCCGCAAAGCCCAUGUCCUUCUACUCGACAUCAAUUCCGAAAACACCCCUACUUCCCACCCCACCCAAUCACAUGAACACACCCACCACCCCCAACUUCACCCGCGACGGUAGUACCAGUGCUGAAAGUCAGCACAAUACCACAGAGCAUGCACCAAAGAAAGGCUCCUACCUCCUUACUAAAGAUGAUUUCAGGAGAGAAGUAGAGAAAAUUGUAAGGGCAAUCGUUCAUCAAUUAUUUCCAGACUUAAGCCUAACAGCUGAUAUCAGGAAAGAGAUCUUAUCACUGACAUCUUAA